UUCAUUAUAUAAACAGAGAAAGCCCUUCAUAGUUCCCACCAAAUCUUACUAAGUUCCAAAUAACAGUAGGUGGUUUCUACAACUAGAGAAAAUGGGGUGGGCAAUCGCACUACACGGUGGAGCCGGAGUCCCAGUCAAUCUUCCGCCGGAGCGCCGCCUUCCUCGUGAGGCUGCACUCCGCCACUGCCUCGAGAUCGGUGUAGCCGCCCUCGAAGCUCAAAAACACCCACUUGACGUUGUGGAACUUGUAGUUCGUGAACUAGAGAAUGACCCGAACUUUAAUGCCGGUAAAGGAUCCGUUUUGACCUCGGCGGGGACGGUGGAGAUGGAAGCUAGUAUUAUGGAUGGCAAAACUAAAAAAUGUGGAGCUGUUUCUGGUGUGACGACCGUUGUGAAUGCAAUUUCUUUAGCACGAUUGGUGAUGGAAAAAACUCCUCAUGUCUAUCUUGCGUGUGAUGGAGCUGAGGCUUUUGCUAGGGAACAGGGUGUUGAGACAGUUGAUCCAAGUCAAUUUGUAACUGUAGAAAACAUUGAGAGGCUGAAGCAGGCAAAACAAGCCAACAAAGUCCAGCUUGACUAUACACAACCCAAAACCCCAAUUCCAACUGCUGACGAUCAGGACGGCCAAACUGGAACUGUUGGAUGUGUGGCUGUUGAUAGGAACGGGAACCUGGCGUCUGCUACGUCGACUGGCGGAUUAGUGAACAAAAUGGUGGGUAGGAUCGGUGACUCGCCUAUAAUAGGUGCAGGAACAUAUGCAAAUAGUCUAUGUGCAGUUUCAGCUACAGGCGUAGGGGAGUCUAUAAUACGCGCUACAGUAGCUCGGGAUGUGGCUGCCCUGAUGGAGUACAAAGGCCUUUCGCUUAAGGAAGCAGCAGCUUAUGUUGUCGAGGAGUGUGUUCCGACAGCAACAGUCGGAUUGGUCGCUGUGUCGGCUACUGGAGAAGUCACAAUGCCGUUUAAUACAGUUGGAAUGUUUCGAGCUUGCGCUACUGAAGAUGGUUAUUCAGAAAUUGCAAUAUGGCCUACUGUGUAGGAUUGGUAUGUGCAUAAUAAAAUUGGUAUUGGUUACUAUUAAAAUUGUAUUUUCCAUGAUAUAAACUGAAAAUGAGGGCAGCGCAAAUCAAUGCACAAUAUCCAUUGAUUCUUGAA